CGCUGACAGUUUGGGGCCGGCGGAGGCGGAGGCCGCGGGGUGGUGGGAGGAGACAGUGCGCGCUGCCCGCCGCCGCCGCCGCGCCGCAGUCCCGGGCUGCCGGGGGACAGGAAACCUUCGAGCCCCGGCUGCUCCCGCCGCCGCCGCGCCCCCCCUGCACGCGCCUGCCACACCCUCCUCCUCUGCCUCCCGCAUCUUCGGGCCGAGCGCCGCCGGGACUGGGCGCGGGCUGACGCUUCUCCUUCGGCACCCCCCGGCGGGGGGCGGAGAACUGUGACCCCCCCUCCGCGUCCGUUUCUCCGUGUCCCUGUCGCCCCCCACCACCACCACCUCCGGAGCGGUGGGGGGGCCCAGGCGAAGAUGGCGACGCCGGGAAGCGAACCCCAGCCUUUCGCCCCUGCGCUCUCGGGGUCCACGCUGCACCCCCAUCAUCCCCACCACCACCACCACCACCACCAUCAGCACCACGGAGGCACCGGCGGCGGCGGCGGCGGCGGCGGCGGCGGGAGCGGAGGGGGCUUCAACCUGCCCUUGAACCGGGGUCUGGAGCGCGCGCUGGAGGAGGCGGCCAACUCCGGGGGCUUGAACCUGAGCGCCCGGAAAUUGAAGGAAUUCCCCCGCGCGGCGGGCCCGGGGCCCGACCUCUCGGACACGGUGCAGGCAGAUUUAUCUAAAAACAGACUGGUUGAAGUUCCAAUGGAAUUGUGCCAUUUCGUAUCACUGGAGAUUCUUAAUCUGUACCAUAAUUGUAUCAGAGUCAUUCCAGAGGCCAUCGUUAAUUUGCAGAUGCUGACCUACUUAAACUUGAGUCGAAAUCAGCUGUCCGCCCUGCCCGCCUGCCUGUGUGGUCUGCCUCUCAAAGUCUUAAUUGCAAGUAACAACAAACUUGGAUCUCUGCCAGAAGAGAUCGGGCAGCUCAAACAGUUAAUGGAGUUGGAUGUCAGCUGCAAUGAGAUCACAGCCUUACCUCAGCAGAUAGGUCAAUUGAAAUCUCUACGGGAACUGAAUGUCAGAAGAAAUUAUCUGAAAGUUUUACCACAAGAAUUAGUAGAUCUUCCUUUGGUCAAGUUUGACUUUUCUUGCAACAAAGUGCUGGUAAUUCCCAUUUGCUUUAGGGAGAUGAAGCAGCUGCAAGUCUUACUGCUGGAGAAUAACCCUUUGCAGUCCCCCCCAGCACAGAUUUGCACAAAGGGAAAAGUGCACAUAUUCAAGUAUCUGAGCAUCCAAGCAUGCCAGAUUAAAACAACUGACUCCCUAUACCUCCAUACGAUGGAGAGGCCACACCUACACCAGCACGUGGAAGACAGCAAGAAGGAUUCAGAUUCAGGAGUUGGAAGUGAUAAUGGUGAUAAGCGAUUAUCUGCCACAGAGCCUUCUGAUGAAGACACUGUCAGCCUGAAUGUGCCAAUGUCCAAUAUCAUGGAAGAAGAGCAGAGCAUCAAAGAGGACUCAUGCCAUCUUCUCAGCCCAGUCAAAGGGGAAUUUCAUCAGGAAUUUCAACCAGACUCUUCUCUUGUGGGCAACAGUGACAGCUCAGGAGAAGCAGGGAACCAGUUUGUCCACGGAGCAGAUGUUCUCCAUUCAGAAUUCAUAAACUACACAAAGGCCAGGAAGGAGGACUGUGAAGAAUUGUUACGGAUAGAAGAGGACACGCACUGGCAAACAGAGGGAAUGAUAAAUUCAUCCAAAGACCAGGACAUGGAUAUAACGAUGAUUGAACAGCUGAGAGAAGCAGUAGAUCUGUUACAAGAUCCUAGCAGAUUGAGCACAGAUGUUUCAGAGAGGAGUGUUAUAAAUUUUUAUCCUAUGGAAUCAGCAGAAGCCUUAGAAUUACAAGAUUCUGUACUAAAUGGUCAAAUACAGCUGGAUGGCUCUCCCAUGAGUGAGGUGCAAAAUGAUCUAACAUUACAGAGUAAUGGAAACCAGUAUUCUCCAAAUGAGAUUAGCGAGAACUCUCCGGCAAUCUCACCUACCACAAACAGCACUGGUCCAUUUGGUCUGAAGCCUCGGUCAGACCCAGCCCUCACUCUUCCUCCUAUCUCCUUCAACAAACUUACACAGGCACAAACAUGGGACAGCUCUAGCUACAGUGUUCCAUCUGAAGGAGACAGUGACAAUGUCUUUCUAAGGCCUCAGAGAAAUUUGGAAUCUAUAGACCCACAAUUUACAAUUCGGAGGAAAAUGGAACAGAUGAGAGAAGAAAAAGAAUUGGUGGAACAACUUCGUGAGAGCAUUGAAAUGAGGCUCAAGGUCAGCCUUCACGAAGACCUGGGGGCUGCGCUCAUGGAUGGGGUCGUCCUCUGCCAUCUGGUAAACCAUAUUCGCCCCCGAUCUGUCGCUAGCAUCCAUGUCCCAUCGCCAGCAGUUCCCAAACUUAGCAUGGCGAAAUGCAGAAGAAAUGUGGAAAACUUUUUGGAAGCAUGCCGAAAGUUAGGAGUCCCAGAGGCUGACCUCUGCUCUCCGUAUGACAUCCUGCACUUGGAUUUUCAUCACAUUCGAAAGACUGUUGACACUCUGCUGGCACUUGGGGAGAAACCCCCACAACCAACUUCUGCCCUUCGCUCCAGGGACCUUAUAAACUUCUGUCUUGUCCAUAUUCUCUUUAUCGUGCUGAUCUAUAUCACUUACCGCUGGAAUGUUCUCUCUGCAUAAGGCCUGCAUGUGCAUCCAGCUCUCUGCUCUGUCCCCCCAGUCCCUGACAGGGGCCCCCUCCUUCUGAGCCUUUGCCUUGCCAGUGUCCAUCCCUGUGAUCUCUUUAGUAACCCCUCAAGUUUUGAAGCCGAACAUUUACAGGUCGGGCUUCCCAAUACAAGCACAAACUUUAUAGAACCCAAUUCCCAGUAAAAUAAUUGCUCUCGACCUUCCUACUCCCCCCCAAGAAACAUGAAGGAAAAAUGUACCUGUACUUCAUGCUUCCUCGUCUGCUUCGUGUCAGUAGCAGUGCUAUGCAGUUCCUCUUCUCUCUCCUGGUGAGCUUCGCUGCUCUGGGUAGAGUGGAAGAAGGAAGUCCUGAAAUAGGAGCAGAGGGGAUCUAGUCUAUGGGAAUCUUCUCUUCGGGUCAUGAUUAAAGUUGGAUUCGAGUAUAGGCCUGGACAAUUGAGCUAUAGAGUGACCACUUUACAGAUGAAUUAGAAAAACAGCUCUUUGGGGAGGCUCAAUUUGGCCUAUCAAAAUCUUAAUACCACUAUUGUCUGACUCGAAAAAUAUCAUCUGGAGAAUGGCUGCUUUGUUGCACAUCCAGUUGCAUUUCUCCCUGUUUCUUGCAAUGGGAGAUGUAAGAGCAGCCAGCGCGGAUUGCCACGCACUUGCACUUGGAGAGCCCCUCUGCCCCCCUGCAUGUGACGAGGCUGUGCAGCAGGAGCGCUGAGGAAGAAAGGGUCCCUUGCUGUUAGAGCGCCACCUGGAGGUUUUGCUUGCGCAGACGUUUUCCUAUCUCUUUGCUUCGGCUAUGUUGGGUCUUUGUCUGAGAACACUUAAAGAAGUAUUUUCCAGAAAAGAUUUCUAUAUUUAAUUAAUGUACGGGACUGUUUUGCCUUUGGUUGCAUAGCAUAAUAAUUGAAGGCCCAAAAUAUGACAUAUUUGACUAUACUUGUCUCUAAAUCGAUGAGUCACGGAACAUUUUUGUUCCUGAAGUUUGAACUUCUAUGGCAGGAGCCAGUAAUAGGUUUGUUCUGAUUUUAGAAGACUGCAAUUUCUUUGAUUACUUGAAAUUUCCAUUUAGUUUUUUAUUCCCAGAGAAGUUAACUAGCAAACUGCUUUAUUUUUAAAUAAGGUUAAAGUAUAUAUGAUUGUAUCUGCUUUGGGAGCAUUGUGAUUAGUUUGUACUUAUAAGAAAAAUUGGAAUAUUAUUUAAGCCAAGUUAUUUUUUCGCCUGCCUUGUCAUUACUAUGUGUAAAGGGCAUGCUUUAGGGUUACAAUAGUCUUCCCUAAGAUUUGGUUUACAUCUGGUUGUCAAGUAUUGUUUUAUAUAUGGGAGAGAUGAUGGCACUAACUUUCUCAAGAUGAAUUUCUAGCGUAUUGAGAUGCAGAUGCAGGUAAUCUUCAAUAGAUGGCCACUAAGAAGAUGGUUUUAUUUUUAUGGACACUUACUUCCAUGAAUCCAUGGAACUUGAGAAUAUGAAAAACCCACAUAAUAGAAGAGUCUUUAUUGCUAAAUCAAAUCAGGUUUUUCUAACAGGAAACAUUCAUUACAUGACAAUAUCCUGAGUUAACAAAGAGUUUUCUUCUUGAUUUUGUGUUGGUGGGAGAAAAGCGUGGUCUAUGGAAGUUAUCUAAUUAACCACAGUUGUGUAUAAAUAAUCUGCAGCUGAUGAAUUGCCUUUUGGUGCUAUCUUGUACUCUUUAAUAUGUAACACAAUAAAAUCCCUGUUGUGCAAUGACUAAAGAGCACCCUGAGCUGUAAGUUGUUUAAUAAACACAUUGUGGGUAUUGUUCCAAAUUUUUAUCAGCCCAUUGAUUCCUGUAUUUGUGCAUACCCAGAGAAGCUCUUCGCAGUUCCAUUCAGUUCUGCUGCACACUGAGGGUCCCCUUUAAUGAUUCCCACUCUUUGAUUUUUUUCACCUUCCUUAUGGGGAAAAGCAGAGAGAUGACUUUUAUUAGGUGAAAGAAAGAAAAUUGUAGUAGAUAGAACAACCCUGUGAGGUCGGAUUUCAUUCUCAAUGUUAACUUGAUGUAAAUCUCUAGAUCUUUUCUAUUUCAGUUCUGGCAUCCACAGCCUUCUUUGGGCACAGUUUCAUUUUCCUUGUCAUUCACGUCAUAUGCUGAUGUGCUGCUGCUCCUCCUGGGGCUUGACGGAUGGCAUUUUCUUUUUCAAGUAGUGUCAUAACUAGCCACAUACAAUUAAAUUUGGCCCUUGAGGCAAGACUUUAAAUGAACUUGCCUGUUGACUGUCUUGCCCAAGGUCAAGCUGUUAAUUUCUGUUCAGAAGAUAAAGCCCUCCAUGGUCUUUCCCACGGGGCCCACACCCCUUCGAGCUGCCUCCUGCCCCUGCCGCAGCAUGAAUGGGGAUGCCUGACCAUGCCAGCAUCAUGGGAGAGGCGGCUAGGCAUUCUGCUGUAUGAUCUGUACAUAGGAACACCUCUUUCCUUCCACAAGGAACAGCAUUUGUCAGUACUUCUUCCGAUGUCUGAGAUAAGAACCGGAUAUUUAUUUACAUGUUCAUUUUGAAAUAGAAAAUUUCAGAAAGAACACCACCACCUCCAGUUGGUAGCAACUUGCCAAUCAGUGUCAGGAUUUCCACAAAAUUGACAGCUAGCUAAUAUCUUUUGUUGCUUUAUUUUUAAAAAAGAACUCAGGACUCACAUGUGGCUCUCUAGGAUAGACACUAAAACUAUGGAGAUGGGUUGAGAGACAGUACAGGAGGUAAGGGGCUUGCCAGGAGUAAACCCUGAGCAUUUAUUUCCAGGCGUAAGCCCCAAAAUAACAAGAUAAAUAAAAUGUUUUCAUUUUAGAAAGGGGGAGCCCAAGAGAGAGUCCAGCUGGUAAGGCCUUGCAUGUAGCAGACCCAGAUCCAAUCCAUGGCAUUAUUAUUUUUUAAUUGAAUCACUGUGAGAUAUACAGUUACAAAGUUGCUUUUGAUUGUGUUUCAGUCUUACACUGUUCCAACAUCCUUCACCAGUGUACAUUUUCCACCAUCAAUGUCCCAGUUCCCCUACAAACACCACCGUCACCCGCCUGUCUCUAUGACACACACUUUUCUUCUUUGUCUCUGUCUCCCUCUCUCUGUCUCUGUCUCUCUCUUGCUCUAUCUUUCUCUCCCUCCCUCCCUCCCUCCCUCCCUCCCUCCCUCUUUACCCUUUUCCCCUACCCCCCGCCUUUUGGCAUUACAGUCUGCAAUGCAGAUAUUGAAAGUUUAUCACGUAUAUCCUUUUACCUCCUUUCAGCACUCAGUUAUUGUCCAGAGUGAGUAUUUGGAAAUGAUUCCUGGCAUUAUAUAUGGCCCCCCAAGUCACACCAGGAGUGAUCCCUGAGUGCAUAGACAGGGAUAAGCUCUGAGCAGAGCUAGAUGUGCCCCCCAAACAAGAAAAGUGUUUUUUGAAGUAAAUAAGAAAGAAAUGGUACCAGGAAGGAAAUAGCACAGUGUUUAGAGCACAUGCCUAGCAGGUGCCUGACCCGGGUUCAAUCCCCAGCACCACAUGAUCCCUUGAGCAUCACUAGGUAUGGGCCCAGCACUACUGGGCAGUCUGGACCAUCCUGAUUUAAAGUGCCUGAACAGCAAAAAUCCUCAGGUUCUUGAAUUUUGGACUACUGGCCUGGCUGGCUGAGAACUACUGGUGGGGAAUCUCAGGGCUCCUGAGCAUUGCUUGGAAGCCCAACCCCCUCCCCCCCAAGAAAAGGUUCUGAUGAAAGAAAUCACCCCACCCCCUAGUGCUACUUUCCAAAAGUUAAGACAACUAAGUAGGAACAUUACCAGUGAGAGUAGUUCAGAAAGGCACUUCAUCUCCUAAUGCCAUUGUUGGUGAGUAACAAAUUAAAUGUAGUCAUUGGUGACUUGAGUUAUCUGUUGUAAAAACAAAAAUUCAUAGGCCAAAGGACAUUUCACCUACUGGGUACCGAACAAUUAAAAUUUCAGGAAUCUGAAAAUGGAUUAGGUGAAAAAUAGUUUUACAUGAUUAUUCCAGGAGUUUCUUUCUUUCUUUUUUUUUUUUUAAGUAGGUUUUAGGCCAGGAUGGAGCUCAGUGAUACAGCAUAUGAUUUGUAUGUAUGAAACCUGGGUUUGGUCCCUGGAACUCCCCAAAAAGCAAUUAAAAGUAAACUUCAGAUUUGUAAAUUGACCCUAAAAUCAUAGGUAUGUAGAAUGUGAAUAUCUUUUUUUCCUUUAAGACAAUGGGUCCAGGGGCCAGAGUGAUAGUACAGUGGGUAGGGUGUUUUCCUUGCACACAGUUAUCCAGGUUCAAUUCUGGGCAUCUCAUAUGGCCCCCCAGCACUGUCAGGGGUGAUUCCCGAGUGCAGAGCCAGGAGUAACCCCUGAGCAUUGCCAGGUGUGACCCAAAAAAAACCAAAACGUAGACAAUGGUAUCCAGUUCCUUUUCUUGGCCAUUCUCGAUAUACUUGUGUUCACUCAUUCAUUGCUCUGACACUGAGAGAGCACGUGUAAAACCCAUCCUCCACCUUGGGAACAUGACGACUGUGAUACAUGACCCCAUGCUUAAGAAGCUCACGGUCAAUGGACCAGAGAGACAGUGCUGCAGGUAGGGUGCUUGCUCUUCCAUGCAGCCAACCCAGGUUCAAUCUCAGGUACUCCUUAUGAUUCGCAAGGCACAGCCAGCUAGGAGUAAACCCUGAGCACCACCAGGUGUGAUCCCCAAACCAGAAAGAAACCACAGUCUAGACCAAGGUUUGGAAAAUAUUUUUGGAAAGCCCUAGAUAUAGCCUCUGAUACCUCUUCUCAGCUCUGCUUCGGUUGGAAGAACCAAAGAUGUUCCCUAAAUGAACGGGUAUAGCUCUAUUGCAAUUAAAAAGGUUUUGCUAUAUUGUUUGGAGUGCUCAGAAGGUGGUCCUGAGCUUGGGGGGCCCUUCCAAUAUUCAGCCAAAUAGGCUGGUACCAAUGCAAAGGCCCAAGGAUCCUAGGGAUUGUUAGUAACACCCUGGGAGUUCUCAGGGUCUCCUAGGAUACCUGGUGGUUCUCAGGGGUUAUGCAGUGCUAAGGGUCAACCAAAGUCAGCCACAUGCAAAGCAUGUGUCGUAACCCCUAUACUACCUUUCCUGCUCCACCACUAAAACAUUUUACAUAAGGUAGGACAGAAAGAGACGCUGGGCAAUGACAGCAAUGCACUUGAGAGGUGUUUUCCUCCUGAAAAAUGUGUGUGCCUGGCUACAGAGGAAAGCUGGGGAUGCUGAGCAGCAGCACUUAUGCCUUUCACCGGGUUGGAAGAGUUCUCUGCUCCCCACCUGAUGUGGAAUUUGCUGGAUGCCCCUCAAUAGAAUUCCAAGGAUGUCACAUCCUUUCCCUGGUUUUAUGGACACACACACAGACUCUUAUCACCUGUCAAUCAGGGAAUUUCUGGGAAGUAGCCUUCUGAUCUGGAAAGAGCUAAGCUCAGUGAUGAGACCCAUGUUCAAGUCCUGACUCCAGUAUUUAACCAACUGAGUGCUGUUAACAGUUACUUAAAUGCUAUAGAGAGUUUUCUCAGCUAUAAAAUAGAGAUACUACACCUCUAUUGUUUGGUUGUAGUAUAGAAGUAACCAAUAAAAAUCUAAUGCAGGGGGCUGGAGCAAUAGUUCAAUGUGUAGGGUGCUUGCCUUGCAUGCAGCCCAUCCAGGUUCAAUUCCCUGAAUCCCAUAUGGUCCCCCCGAGUACCAUCAGAAGUAAUUUCUGAGCACAGAGCCAGCAAUCACCUCUGAGCAUCGCCAGGCAUGGCCCAAAAACUGAAAGGAAAAAGAAAAGAAAAUCUAAUGCAUUGACAGCAGGCAUAUAGGAAGGGGCUGGCCUUUCCUCGGAGUGCGCAAUUGAUCUUUCCAUUUUACCUGCCUUUCCCAGCCUAUUCACUGUGGUUCACAAGAGGGGUGGAUGAGGUGAUAGAGUAAAACUAUUUGAUUUCACUCCUGCAGAUGCAGCAUAAAACUUAAAAGUUCUUCAGGAGGGCUCAGAGGCAUUGUUUUUCCAGAGAGCACUUCUUUUGUGGUCUACUACAUGUUUUCCAAAGAAACCCAGCAAAAAGUGCACCUGGGUACCCUAGGCAAGCCUGUUGCCACAUUCCCAAUGGAAGCCACAAGAUCAUGGGACAGUGAGACUUAAAUGCAUUUAAAGUCAAGGCAAAAUUCCAACAUCCCCACCCUAUGUUCAUUGUAUUCAAGGUGAGGGGACCUUCCUGUGUCAUUUUUCAAAACAAACUGCAUUUCUGUUGUAGUUACUUUGUUCUUCCAACUCUUAGCACACUUCAGGGAUCUCUUCUACAAGUGUAAUGCGUCCCACCUCAUUGCUGGCAGGCUCCCUUCACUCCUCCUACCAACUAGUGCCUCAAAUUAUUCCUCAGAGGAUUCAACUCAGUUUUCUGGGACAGAAGCCAGAAUGACCAUGUUUUUAUAUAUAUAUAAAAAAAGGUUGCCAUUACUUUAUGCUAUUUUUUGUAGUAUUUUCUUUUCUUUUUUCUUUCUUUUAAAAAGGUGCACGCCCAGCAGUGCUCAAGGUCUCUCCUGGUGAUGUUCAGGGAACCAUAAGCAGUGCCAGGGAUUGAACCUGUGUUGACAAUGUGCAAGGCAGGCAUCUUCUUCCCUGUAUUAUCUCUACGACCCUAUUGCUAGGUAUUCCCAACCCUAUCAGUAAUCCAAGGGCAUCUUGGGUUUCUUCGGGAAUCUGAGUUUAAAGAAAGAUGCAGAGAGAGUACAGGAGUAUAUUUUACUGUGUUCUUGGCUGGUUAAAAGGGUGUAAGAAUCUUGGGUCUGGUUUAGGAGCAAAAAUGACCAAGAAGGUGGGAAAUGCUAGUUGGAAAAGUAAAAGCCUAGGAGAAGGGAUGACAAGAAACUGACUCAAUUUGUCUGGAAACUUCAACCCUUCCCAACCUGAUUUCUGACUUAAGACCUUCAGCUCAGACCUCUGCAGCCACCACUCAUAAGUGGAGCUGAAUCAAUCAUUAAUUGACGCAGGACUCCAGUUAGGACACCUUGCUAACCUUUAACACCAAACCCUGUGUUCCACAUGGAGGUGGGAACCUUGGGUCUAAAUAUAAAUAAACAAAAGCCGUGAAGCAAAAUGCCUUGUUCAGUGUGUCUUGGGAAAAUCACUCUUUCCAAAAUGUCUAUUCUUGUCACCGUCUACAGUUUUCUGUUGAGCUCAGUUUUUCUCACUGAUGUGUUGAAUAUAUAUGUCUUACAAAAUCCUCAUUAAUUUGAUCCAACCACAUUUUUGCAGUUAUUUAUGCUUUAAUUUAUUUUUUAUCACAUGGAAGCUUCAAGUAUUUAGACACAUCAUUGCUUUCAUCUUUUCUUUUGUGAUUAAAAGAGGCUUUGCAGGGAAUAAAAUCCUUCUCCAUUAUCAGAGAAAACAUUAAAUAUGUAUCUAUAUUUCUAUCAGGAAGGAUAUUUAUUUUUGUCAUUUAACUCUUUAUUUUGAGUUGAUUUCAGCAAAUGGUAUAAAGUGAGGAUUUACAUUUCUCCAGUAAUGGCAUGUAACUGGAAUUUAACCAUACUUAUGAGACACAUAAAAUUCCCUACCAAGUCUGGUGUUGAUCGGGCAUUGUAAGUGCUCCCUUAGCAACAAAAUGCCACAUUUCAGUGACUUCACAGCCCUUGUUAGAUUGUUUCAUCAAAGGGUGGACACUGGUUCCUGUGACAUGACAAAGCACUGACCAUCAUGACUCACUGUCCAGAUUACACACCAAACAGAAUCUUUCAUCCUUCUCUGAUGGACAUUUGGCUACUAAGUUGGAAAACAACAUAAAUUUGCAUGCUUGCUUAAAAUGCCAUUGAUGACAGGAUAAUUCUAUUUUAGUACCUAUGCUCCAUGUGAAAUACUGCCUAAAAUUGUGCUUUCAAGAACCAGUUAUCUUACUUUGAAAUGUGGCCAUGUCCCAGGGUCUUUCUGGGAUACUCUGAAUUCACCACAACUUAUUAAUGGAGUCAAGCAGGGAUGGUGUAAUGGUUGAGAGAGUAGAAAAAGAGAGGGUUUGAGAUGCAGUAGAUCUAGUGAUUGGAGAAAUUAGGACACUGUCUUUGGUAGAUCUUUUCAGAACCCAACACUCCAUCUGGCAGUGUAGAAAGGCCUGCACUGAGGAAACAGGAAGAUAUGGUUCCUUAAGCAAUAGUCUAGAGGAAUCAGAGACUAUUACUGACUUUAGGCUCCAAUACUCCACUGCCUAGAUAUGAAGCAGAGCCAUUCGGACUUUGCCUAGAAACAAUGCUCUUCGGUUGGGAAACACGCUAUUGCAAGCAAAAGGAAUGUUUGCUGUAGGGUCUUUUCACAGCCAAAGAGAUACCCUGUGGAAGAAGACUGGUAACAGACUGGGACAGAUAAUAAGUGUGUAAAAUCAAACCAUGGUGUUAUUUUGUAAACAGCUUAUUGAACUAGCAAAGUUCUAUAGCUAGGUGACGUAUAUAGAUUGUUUUCCUUGACUGGAACAUAUUAGACAUUUCCCAAAGGCAAAAUAAAAUGUGAGAAAGUUGCAGGACAUGUGUAUCCUUGAUGGUCUUAUUAAAUAAUCUUAAGGAGAGGCUAUUGAGGGACUUAGUUUAAAACUUGCUAACUUACAAGGCUGUUUUGUAAACCAUGAAGAAAUCUUACCCAUCUCAGAACAUAGACAUCCUCGGAAAUAAAAUGAAUCAAAUCAAGGCUGAUGGUUGGUAGACUAGUAUGUCAUCUGUGUACAAGACUAUGUGACAUCUGUUUAAUAUGUGUGAGAUUGGUAGUUUUCCUUUGUAAGAGGUAAGCUUUAAAUGUAAGAAUCAAAAACAAUUUAAAUAAAAAAGAGGAGGCAAGGAGAGAGCGCAAAGGUGUACUGUGCAUGCUUCGCAUGAACAGGCCCUGCUUCAGUCACUGGUACUGCCGGCAACUCACCAUGAGGGUCUCCUGAGCACCGCCAGGUGUGACCCAAUAUCUGACAAGAAAAAGAAUAUAAGUUAGUAUGUUCUUGGUGUGUGAUUUCCAACAGACUGCAUGUAAUGUCAUUAACAUUAAAUGUUGAUCCUUACUAGAUUUCAGGUUGGUUGGGAACCUUUCUAGAGCAACUGCGACUUGUGCUAAUGUGGAAAAGCUCUGAGUUGAAAGGUAUUGGGUUAAAAGUAGAGACUGAAGCUCAGAAGUCUUUAGACAGUUAAGGCCUCCUUCAAAGCUCAAUCUCACUGCCUACAGAGUGGGAGAGCAAGAUCUUUGGUUGUAGUAUGAGCAUAUAAACAUCAGUAUUUUCUCUUUUCUUUUUAGGAAAAACUAUGUCUACCCCAUCACAUCCUUGAAGAGAAAGGCCUGGUCAAAGUGGGCAUUACAGUUCAAGCACUACUAGACGUGUCUGUUACGAAGGCUCUGUUCACAUGAAAUCAAGUCUUCUCCUUUGGGUUGGCUCACACCCUUGCCCCAUCAGAGAUCCUGAGAUCCUGGACUCUGCUCUCCUCUCUGCAUCUGUUCCCCUCCAUCCUCCCAUUCACUGCCUCUCAGUUCCCCAAUUCCAGUUGCAUUGAAGGGAGGACAAAAGGGAAGAUUUUCUACCUUCAACUCUGACCUCUGGCCUUAGAACGUGACAGGUAUUUAUCUUGAAACCAGUGAAGGAGAUGGUGAUAAAGGACCGAGCAACACAUCAAUGCCUUCUAACAGCCUCCUCAUCCCUUCCACACUCACCCACUGCCAUUACUGAAACACCAAGCACAACCGUUUUUGCUGCAAGAUGCAUUUGUUUUAUUGAAACCAAACCUAUUGUGUAUUUAGUGGGGGGGAGGGGACACUCAAUCAGGUUUUUGACCACCAAAUUUUUCAAGAAGUUUCUUGAGACCAUUGCCUUUUAAAAAAACUAUUUUCAACAUACAAAAAAUAUUUAUAUAAAUAUUAUUUAUUAGUGAGUUGUUAUUCAUCCUUUGGAUGCAAAUUGUAAAUUAGGAAACUAUUUUAUUACUGCUUUUUUGUGGUUAAACACUUUAUUUUAAUAUUAUAAAUAUUGAGUUAUUUUCCUAUUCUCUUUGGUGUGCAGUCAUCCUAGAUCUCAGUAAUCAUGUUUUCUGGUAUAUAUGACUCAGAAAAAAAAAUUUUAAAACAGGUGCUUCUGUGACAAGAACUGUUUUUUCUGAGGAGGCAUUACUUACACUUUGUUUUAUGGAACAUCAGUCUUAUUUAUAUAUCUGCAUUCCAUCCAGUUUCCUGCAUUCCAGCAGCCCUGUUGUCCCAUGUUACAAUGAACUGAUUUAAAUUAAGAAAGAGAGCACCCCAAAGUUGUUUGUAAAUAGUUGUGAUGGAAAAAAAAGAUAUAUUAAACUUGAAGAAAAAAUGUGAACAAUUAUUUUUUGGAUUCAUACUUAUUUUGCUAUGCAUAAAACACUCACAUUUUAACAUGCAGAAGUAAGUGUUAGCAUUGUGUGUCUUGAAGUAUAAUUUUGCACUGUAACUUAGGUAAAGAAAGUCUAGCACCAAAGGAAGAUAAUAAGGAAAUGGUGUAGGAAAAUGGAGGUGAUGAGAAGUUUCGUGUUAAACCAGAAAGUUUUUUAAGGGCAGCUUCGAAUGACUGAUGAAGAAUUCCUUAAAGUAUAUAGGACCUGGAUCAGGAAAUCAGCACUUCCACAAAUGCAAAUUUUGAAAGAGGAAGCGAUUCUAAGACUGUGAACAUGCUCCUUUUACUAUAACUUGGUGGUUUUCUAAGAAAUCCAUACAACACUGCACGACUCCUGAUCUCUCCUGUGAAGUCAGAAAGGUGAAACAUACAAUCACUGGGGCAGUUUCACGCAGCUCCGACCUACGGAAGCUAAAAGCCAGGUUAAGUAAGUGAUGUUUGUGAGGCAGAAGGCACCUGGGAGGGCGCACGUUCCAGUAAAGCAAGAGCCAGCAAAGGAAAGGGACCUGUGCUGGUCUGAGAUUCACCUUUGGCUUCACUAAACAGCUCACAACUCACCGCUUUUGGGAAGUUCCAUGCAUGAGCAUUUCCCCUGCAAUUACAGAAACUCCAAAGUCUUGUGAAUGCUGACUGACUCUGCACCUCUGUGAAAAGCCUUAAGAGCAGCAGCAACCACAACUUGUAAGGUAAAUAUAAAGGUCAAAAAAAGACACUGGCAGGAUGAUACACAAUAUACACAGAUUCCCAGCCAGAGCCUAGAGGGCCUUCUGCUCUGGACAAGAUUGGACAGGUUAUUGGAAACACUUGUUUAGGAUUGGCAGCUAGCAGUUAUUUCCUUUUGAAUGUAUCGUGCACUUUAACCUAACUUAAAAUCUAUUUUAAUAUUUUCCUGUGCUGCACAAAUACCUGUUUUGUUAAAUAGCAUAAUGAUGUAAAGAAAGAAGGCAUUUUUGAACAAAGAGAAUAUUCAUUGUAAGCAAUAGUCAAAGGUUGAUUUCAGAAAUAGAAAUUUUGAUAGCUUUGUCUUGAUGGGCAUUCAGAAUGCAGAGUCAUGAAAUAUAUAUUUUUAUGUGUAUCUGUAUCAAGGGGAAGUGCUGUAAUCCUUGUUGCUAGAGAAUUUUUUUCUUCGAAAGUAAGAUAUUUCUUUUAGUAUUCAUUUUCAGUAUUUUCUUAAAGUUGGCUGUAUAAUACAGAAGGCUUCAAUAUUUUGUAAAGUGGCUUUCUUUUCCAUUCUAAAUAUAGUCCUUGUAUGGCUAAAACAUCA